UUAAAUGCCACUUGAAUGUCGACUAGUGUUAAAGGUCCAAGCUGUACUCAGACUCAUAAUUUUGGUUUUCUAUACCUUACUUCGUGAAACCGAUGGUGAUUACAUAGAUUGAAUCUUGAAGGAGACAAAGAUGACAAAACUCUUUUCUAAGACUUUAACGAGGUUGAUCUCUCACAGUCACAAGUCUUCCUCUACUACUACUAGCAAUCUCUCUGCUGCUCCAGAAACUCACGACCUUGAGAGCAUAUGGAUUGCUUCGGUUACACCACCUGCAAAGAUGAGAGUAGGGACAAUGUUGUUAUGUUACUUGGUUGGAUCUAUUACCUACGGUAUGGGGGAGGUGUGUAAGGGACUACAAGCAGAAGAGGCCAAGAAACAUGUGAAUUUCAGACUAAAAUGCUUGGAAAUGAAACCAAGGAAGCUGAAUACAAUGACAAAUGUGGAUGAGUUAGGAUUUCAACGGGUUGUAUGCAAAGGCGUUUUCGAUGUGCAAAGAUCGAUUUAUGUUGGUCCUAAGCCUAGAUCCAACUCUAAAGAUUUAGAAAAGGGCUUCUAUGUUAUUACUCCUCUUUUGCCAAUCCCAAAUGUACCAAAUAGCGUGAAGUCACCUAUUUUAGUAAAUCGUGGAUGGGUUCCUUCGGACUGGAAAGAACCGUGUUUAGAAUCUGUCGGUACUGGUGUUGUUGUUGCUACUGAGGAGAAUGAGUCAAGAAAAGCUAAUAAACUAUUACCCUCUCAACAAAAUCCCUUAUCGAAGUUCUUGUACAAGUUUAACAACCCAAUGAUUGCUGAGCAGGAUCAUGCCAUGCAUGUGGAAGUGGUUGGUGUGAUUAGGAAAAGUGAAACUCCAAGCAUAUAUACUCUAGUAAAUUAUCCAAAGUCGCUUGGGUGGUUCUACCUUGAUGUUCCUAAACUAGCUCAAGCCAUGGGAUUUGGUGAGUGCACAAUGUAUAUAGAGAGUACCCACAAAGAUAUGGAUAAAGCCAAACCUUAUCCAGCUCCAAGAGACGUUAAGAGCUUGAUUUUUAGUAAAGAUUUACCACUGGUCUUUUUCUCCCCUGCAUUGUUAUGUUUUUGGAGCUCCCUGUUUUGCUUUGGCAAGGCCAAAUUGAUUCUUUUGGAAAAAUAUACAAUUUAUAGUGGUAAGCCAUUGUUGUUUCUAGUUAUUUUUGUCUUUUAUAUAGUUACCAAACUAUACAGUCUUCGUAGCCUAUUUCGUCAAAUAGACACAGUUGGUGUUGGGUGUGUCACUAAACUCGAAUCAAGAAAAGCCAACGAACAUAUCUCCCAUAAUGAAGGAGGAGGAAUGAGUUCGACAGAUGUGAAUCUUCUCAGUCCUUAGUCAUUCUUCUCUUAUCUUUUAUGCAAUUUUGUUUACUUGCAGUCUUAGUUUAAUGUCGUAUCGUUGUUAACAGAUCGAGUUAUUUAUGUUUGUUUUUUUUCUGAAUUUUUUGUAAUAUAUAUGAUCCAUAUGUAAGGUCUAUACGGCCAA